UUUUAUAUAGCAAUGAUGAUGGCAGCCAUUGGAUGAUGGUAUGUAAAAGAAAUGGCUCCCCUCGGAUUACCUCCUGGUUUCAGGUUUCAUCCCACUGACGAAGAACUCGUGAACUACUAUCUCAAAAGAAAAAUAAAUAGGCUACAAAUCGAACUCGACAUCAUCCCCGAGGUCAAUCUCUACAAAUCCGAACCAUGGGAAUUAGCAGAGAAAUCAUUUUUUCCGAGUAGAGAUCCGGAGUGGUACUUCUUUGGACCCCGUGACCGAAAAUACCCGAAUGGAUUCCGGACGAACAGGGCGACGACAGCAGGAUAUUGGAAGUCUACUGGGAAGGACAGGAGAGUUUGUUGCCAGAAUCGAGCCAUCGGAAUGAAGAAGACUUUGGUUUACUACCGUGGCCGUGCCCCUCAGGGAAUCAGAACAAAUUGGGUAAUGCAUGAAUAUCGUCUCGACGAUAAUGAAAGCGAGGACACCUGCGGAAUUCAGGAUGGUUACGCACUAUGUCGGGUGUUCAAGAAAAACGGGACGAUAGGAUCGGAAAUGGAAGCGCAAGGGCGGUGUAGUUCAUCUGUGGCGGAUCAAGACUACUCGCAGGAGCCGCCUUUAGGCGCCUCCUCGUCUUUAUGUAUGGAAGAGGAAGAAGAUAAUGAUAAAGAUGAGUCAUGGAUGCAGUUUAUCACUGAUGAUGCAUGGACUGGAGUCGAAGCUUCUAACACUGCCCAUUUAUAAUAUCUAAAUUAAUUUUAUUUAAACAUUAA